AUGCUCCCAGGGGGGAUUCGAGGACUGCUUACUGGAUUCUAUCAACUGAGCAUUGUCACUGGUCUCACUCUUGCCUUUUGGAUCAACUAUGGCUGUAUCCUCCAUAUCGACGGACCUGCUCAGUACAUUAUUCCUCUUUCAUUACAAGCACUUCCGGCCGUUAUCCUCUUCUUUGGUAUGACUCUCGCAAACGAGUCUCCUCGAUUCCUGGCCCUGAAAUCACCAGAGAAAGCUCUGGCUGUUUUAUCCAAAUUGCGUGGUCUAUCCGCAGACCAUCCCUACGUACGAGAUGAAAUGGAGGGCAUCCUUCUGCAGCUAGAAGAAGAGCGAUCGUUGGGAGCGCAAGGCUCUGGACUUUCGCUUGUUAAGGAAGCUUUCACGACUCGAGCUAAUCGACGACGCACAUUUCUUUGCAUCACGUUAAUGAUGUGGAGUAACUUGACAGGAACCAAUGCUAUGACGUAUUAUAGUCCUGAUAUUUUCAGCAGCAUGGGAUUAUCGGAUUCAUCCGCGGGACUUUUUGCAACUGGAAUUUAUGGCAUAGUCAAACUUGUGGCUUGUUUUAUUUUCAUAAUCUUCGUGACUGAUUCCCUGGGCCGAAGAAAGAGUCUUCUUUGGACUGGUAUCGUUCAGGGUCUCAUGCUAUUUUAUAUUGGCUUUUAUAUUCGCUUUGAUCCGCCGAGUGGUGAUUCGGGGCCCACCUCGGCGGGAUAUGUCGCAUUGGUUGCCAUUUACAUUUUUGCAGCUGUCUAUCAAUUUGGCUGGGGACCUAUUGUUUGGACAUACUGCUCGGAAAUACCCGGCGCUCGUCUCCGACCUCUUCAAAUGGGGAUGGCUACAGCUAGUCAGUGGUUGUUCAAUUUUGUGGUGGCUAAGGCUACGCCAAGUAUGUUUGCAACUUUGGGUGUCAAUGGUUUCGGGACGUACUUCAUAUACGGGUCCUUCUGCUUCACUAUGGUUGUGUUUGCAUGGUUCUUUGUACCAGAAACGAAAGGGUUGUCACUCGAAGAUAUGAAUGAGCUAUUUGAACAAAAAAAUCUGAGGGCAAAAUUCACUCCUUCUCGUUUUGAUGGCAGAGGAGACGAUCCAGAGCUGAAGGCAGAAUUCCAUCCCUCCACUGAGCAUGUGGAUUAUGUUAAGAGGACUGUUUAG